UCGUCCGGCUACUAUCAUCUCUACAAAAAAUUUCAAUUCCAUCGUUUUUCAUUAGAGGUUAACUCUUAAAUGGAGUGAGUAUAAAAUUUAUGUUUAUAUAUUUAACGUGCUUAAGCAACCGGACAACAGUAAGCAACGAUGAAGAAUAAUUUAUAAAUCUCGAUUAAUUAACGGGAUAAACAUCAGUUUGAUAACCUCACAUUUUCGAGCUUGAUACUGACGGAAGCACAAUGAGCGGGAACGACACAAUCGCAAAUAUGGUAAAAAACUUCAAGUCCGAGCAUAAUACUUUGUUCACGACGCCGUUGAAAAGGCCGGCGCCCGCCGACGUGUCCGAACCCGCCACCCCAGAGGAAAGCUUGCCCCUCAAGAGGGUCAAAGCCACUGCGGACUUCGAUGUGACCUACGUCGGAUCGCCGAGGGAAGUCCGUAGGAUCAGGGCUGAUCUCAUUGAAGCCAGGAACACUAUCAAAACACUCGAGGCCAGGAUCACUAAUUUACACAGCGUACGGAGACAAAUGCAGCUGGUCUUCGAUGAGGAGUCCAAACAACUGAGGACGCAACUGGAGUAUGACAGGAAUACGAUAGAAAAGUUGGAGAUGCAGUUGCAGGAGAUCAGACAGAGAGAAAUUGAUUUGAAGAAGGAGCUGUCGAAUGUCACUGUCAAAUGUGAGGAGAUUGAAACCAAGUCUGAGGAAAAGGUGUUGCUCCUAGAAAAAAAAAUUAAUGACAUAGAGGAAAAUACUAAGCAUCAAGAUCUCGUCGAAAAUAUCGAGGUGCGUAAGUUAAAACGCAUGCUGAGUGAAGUGAUGAAUGAAAAGAAAGUUGCUGAAGAGAAAUGUGAGGAGAAAGAAAAAUUAGUUGAAGUUUUGGAAAAACGUCUGGCAGAACAACUAAAUUCCAUUAAAGAGUUCGAUUUAAGGGAGGUUGCUUUACAAAAGGCCAAAACUCAGAUUAGAGAACUACAAAGUGCAAAUGCAAGCUAUUUAGAAUAUCAAGAACGGGCUAAGGCUCAGGCUCACAAACUAGCGCACUACAACGAAUUAGAGAAGGAAGUGAUAAAGCUGAGGGAGGAGAACACUCGAAUUAAGGAAGAAGUGAAAAACAAGCUGAUCCUUGAGGAGGAAGUGAACGAUUUAAAAACACGAAUUUCCAAAUACAAGGAGGGCGCCAAGAGAUUGGCCGAGUUAGAGUCCAUGCAGUUACAGAACGAAAUGGCCCUUAACGAAUGGCGUGCCAUUGGGCGAGGAUUUUGCGAGACUUCAGAGGGAGACGCCACACUUCCCCAUCGAUUGAGGACGGCCAUAGAGAAAAUCCAACAACGUGAACUGCAACUGAUGUCCGAGAAAGUCGAAAUCGAAUCUGACUUGAAGAACGCCACUUAUCAAAUAAAAAUGCUCAAAGUCGACCAGGAAAAGCUCCAAAAACUGGUUACUGACUUAAGAUCCACUGGUGAUCAGAAACAACUGCUCAUUAGUAGGAUGCAGAAGAAGUUGUUGUUGGUGAGUCGCGAACGGGACAGCUACAGGUUGCAACUGGACUCGUACGAAAAGGAUUUGACGAUGUCGCAUGCUUCCAACGUCGGACCCCACGCUAAUCAAGUCCAAACUCUCAAGGAACGUCUGGAAAAAUUGGAGACCAUCAAUGAAGGCUACAAGGAGCUUCUAGAAAGAUACGAACACGAUCUGGCCCAACGUGAUCCGGGCCACGUACCAACGGGACAAGUCACUAUUGAUAGACUAAACGAAGAAAUAGGCGUAUUAAAAAUAGAAAACGAGAGACUGAGGGAGAGAAAGGACGCGUUGGAAGUCCAACUGGAAGGAAUCAUGCCGGGACUGGACUCACUCGAAGGUGGUUUCGUCUAUCACCUUAAAAACAACCCACUGUCCGAAUGUCGCCAGCAACAAGAACAAAUCAUAGAAUCCUUACAAAACGAAGUGGCCAAACUCAAAAAGAAAGUCAAGAACUUGGAAGAAGGAUUGGAAGCCAGCAAAAUGGAAACCGACACCAUAUCAAUAUGCCCUCAGGAAAUUCAAAAGUUGAAAGAUCAAAUCCAGUCCUACGAGUCCAAGAUGGCUAAACUGAAGGAGUACUUCAAGUCAUCGAUGCAGGAGUUCCGCGACGUUAUUUACGUGUUGCUUGGAUACAAAAUUGACAGGAGUGGUUCCUCGUUGUACAAAUUGAGGAGUAUGUAUGCGGAAAGUGAGGAAGACAUGUUGUGUUUUCAGAUGAACAAGGAUGGCGACAUGAAUUUACUCGAGAACGAGUACAGCGCUACUUUGGAGGACAUGAUUAACUUACAUUUGAGGCAUCAGAAGUCGUUUCCGGUAUUUUUGAGCGCCAUCACUAUGGAUUUGUUCAAUAAUAAGACGAGAACCUUCACGACUGCAAAUCCUUAGAUAAUCAAGAUGGAAUUUUGAUUGUUAUUACUAUUAUUAUUAGUACCAUUUAAACUAUUUCAUGUGUCCUGGCUGUUGUUAAUAUUAAAACUACUUACUAACUUAUACUUUGACAUGUUGUAAGUAGUCUUUACUUUAGUCAUUUGUAUUUUUGUUGUUUAUGGCAAUAAAUAUUACUAUAGACAGCUAA